AAUUUACAACCAUAUAACUUCUAACCAAUUUUUGAGGAUGUUAUGCAAUUGCAAGCACAAGAAUUGAAGAAGUUGUAACAAUGGCAGCACUUACCACCAUAAUCUCUACCUCCUCCUCUUCUUCACUCUUAACAAAAACACAACAUAGCCUCCUCAAACACAACAAAGACCACGAUCAUGUUCCUGUUCCUGUUCCAUCAUCAUCUUUCAUGGGCACCCCAACAACAAUUUCCCUUAAGUCAACAAGACCAAGAACAGUGGGAAUUGUUAGUGUUUCUUCUUUUAGAGUGAGCUGUUCAGCUGCUUCUUCUUCUUCCACUGUUGUUCCCUCUGCUCUUCUCUUUGACUGUGAUGGAGUUCUUGUUGACACUGAGAAAGAUGGCCACCGCAUUUCUUUCAAUGAAACCUUCCAAGAGAAAGAGUUAGGUGUGACCUGGGAUGUGGACUUGUAUGGAGAACUGCUCAAAAUUGGAGGUGGAAAAGAAAGGAUGACAGCAUACUUUAACAAGACAGGUUGGCCGGCGAAUGCCCCGACAGGCGAAAAAGAAAGAAAAGAUUUCAUAGCUUCACUCCACAAGCGGAAGACGGAGCUAUUCAUGGCUCUCAUUGAGAAAAAGCUGUUGCCUCUUCGUCCAGGUGUUGCAAAGCUUAUUGAUCAGGCUUUAAGCCAAGGAGUUAAUGUAGCAGUGUGCAGCACUUCUAAUGAGAAGGCGGUCUCUGCAAUAGUAUCAUUCUUGCUAGGGCCUGAGAGGGCAGAAAAGAUAAAGAUAUUUGCUGGAGAUGUUGUUCCCCGGAAAAAGCCAGAUCCGGCAAUCUAUCUCUUAGCCGCUAGCACUCUCGGCGUUGAACCUUCAAGAUGUGUUGUGGUUGAGGACAGUGCCAUAGGCCUAGCAGCUGCAAAAGGAGCAGGGAUGAAGUGUAUAAUAACAAAGAGCGGCUAUACAAAAGAUGAAGAUUUCUUAAAUGCAGAUGCUGUGUUUGACUUCAUUGGUGAUCCUCCUGAGGAGAGAUUUGAUUUAGCAUUCUGUGGAAACCUCCUUGAGAAGCAGUAUGUGAGCUAGCAAGCAAACAAACUAUAUAUUUCAGUUCAUGCUCUUAGGAUUUUGUUCAACUCUACUUUGCUUAUGUGUAUCAGUGCCCAAUUUCUUUUUUCUUUUUUU